AUGGGGAAUACAUGUAUAGGACCCAAAUUAGGUAACAAUGGGUUCUUGCAAUCAGUAACAGCAGCUGUUUGGAAAACAAGACAACAACAACAUUUACCUCUUGCAAAUAAAGGGGACUCAAAUUCCCAUAAAACUCAAGAACAUUCAUCGGUUGGUUCGUCGUUGAAUGUAGAUGGAAAUGAUACUGAUAGAUUUGGUGGUACUCAGAGUACUCCACCCCCACACCUUAAGAUUAGUGGAAAUGAUACUAAUGAGAAGAACUCGUCACCGAACGUUAGUAAUAAGCCAGUGGAAGGAGUGAAACAGAAUAAACCUAGUCAUGUUAAACGAGUAUCGAGCAUUGGGCUUAAAAUCGACUCUGUUUUGGGAAGAAAAACUGGUAAUUUGAAGGAGAUUUAUAGUUUAGGGAGGAAGCUUGGACAAGGUCAAUUCGGGACUACGUAUUUAUGUGUGGAUAAGGUACAUGGAAGGGAAAUGGCGUGUAAGUCCAUUGCUAAAAGGAAGUUGAAUACCGAGGAGGAUGUGGAGGAUGUAAGAAGGGAGAUUCAGAUUAUGCACCAUUUGGCAGGGCAUCCUAGUGUGGUACAAAUAGUAGGGGCUUAUGAGGAUGCUGUUGAAGUACAUGUCGUGAUGGAGCUUUGUGCGGGUGGGGAGCUUUUCGACAGGAUUUUACAGAGAGGACAUUACAGUGAGAAGAAGGCAGCUGAACUCGCUAGGGUAAUUGUAGGUGUCGUGGAAGCAUGUCAUUCCAUGGGUGUCAUGCAUAGGGACCUCAAACCCGAAAACUUUCUUUUUAUCAACCAGGAUGAAGAUUCGCCCUUGAAGACAAUCGAUUUUGGGUUAUCGGUAUUCUUCAAGCCAGGUGAAAUCUUCACUGAUGUUGUCGGAAGCCCUUAUUAUGUUGCUCCGGAAGUUUUGCGGAAGCAUUAUGGUUUAGAAUGUGAUAUAUGGAGUGCUGGAGUGAUCAUUUAUAUUUUACUAAGUGGAGUUCCCCCCUUUUGGGAAGAGACGGAGCAAGGAAUAUUUGAACAGGUUUUAAGAGGGGAACUUGACUUUGUAUCAGAACCUUGGCCAUCUAUAUCAGAAAGUGCAAAAGAUCUUGUCAGAAAGAUGCUCGUGAGAGAUCCGAAAAAGCGGCUAACAGCUCAUGAAGUCCUUUGUCAUCCAUGGGUCCGUGUUGGCGGUGUAGCUCCAGAUAAGCCUCUUGAUUCCGCUGUUCUGACUCGUCUCAAUCAAUUUUCUGCAAUGAACAAAUUAAAAAAGAUAGCAGUUAGAGUUAUUGCUGAAAGCCUGUCUGCAGAGGAAAUUGCAGGACUCAAGGAAAUGUUCAAAAUGAUAGAUACCGAUAAUAGUGGAAAUAUUACGUUGGAGGAACUAAAGAAAGGUUUGGAACGAGUAGGUGCGGAUCUGAAGGAUUCAGAAAUAACUAGUUUAAUGCAAGCGGCAGAUACUGAUAAUAGUGGUACCAUUGACUACGGCGAGUUUAUAGCAGCUAUGCUCCAUCUAAAUAAAAUUCAGAAGGAAGAUCACAUGUAUGCUGCUUUUUCUUAUUUCGAUCAAGAUGGUAGCGGGUACAUCACAAAGGACGAGCUCCAACAAGCUUGUGAGAAGUUCGGGAUGAGCAAUAUCCCCAUCGAAGAACUUAUGCGUGAAGUUGAUCAAGACAAUGAUGGGCACAUUGAUUACAAUGAGUUUGUAGCAAUGAUGCAAGACACCGGUUUUGGCGAGCUGGGGAGCAGAAGGAGGUAAGUGUUGGUAUUUUAGAGACGUUAAAAGCCUCGAUAAAAUCAUACUUCGCGUACAUCUCUACGUAUUCGUGUUCAUAAGUACAUGAACAUGAGAAUGUUUCACUGUAUAUAUCAUACAUACAUGUAAAGAUUAGUCAGGCAAUUGGAGAGGGGAAGGCUAGUUUUUCUUGCUUAUUAGCAUUACCAUUUUGUAUCUUUUUAUUUGUAUAUUUCUCCUCUUUUCUUUUUUUUUUCACUUCUUUGUAAGAAUACUUUGAAAUUAUUUUUCAUAACUUCACUUAUUUAGAUUUAUAAAACAUUUCGACUUUGAACACUUUGAUCA